AUGGCAACUAUUGAUGAUAAUGCACGUUGGUUACAUUCAAAUGGUGAUCUUUUAUCAGGUCAUGGGAUUAGUUACAAUGUCACUUAUAUUGGAUCUGUUGAAGUACUUUGUUCAAUGAAAACUCUUGAUUUUGAUAAUCGUACACGAGUUGCACGUGAUUCUAUUCGUUUAGUUUGUACAGCAGUUGGUGUUCUAUUAAAAGAACGACGUAAACCUGAAUCACCAUCAAUAGGACAAUUAAAAACUGCAACAGAACCAAAUUUAACAUAUAGUCAUACACCUGUUCAGUUAACAAUUAGUACUGAUGCACUUAUACUUAAACGAUUAAAUGAUUUACAAAUACUUUAUUCACAUAAAAUGGAAGGAAUCUCAUUUGCAAGUGCUGGAGAACAUGAUACAAAAGAUUAUAUAGCAUAUGUAGCUAAAGAUAAUAUGAAUAAACGAUCAUGUCAUGUACUUUCAUGUGAAGAAAAUGAAUCAUUAGAUGUUAUAACAACAAUUGGACAAGCAUUUGAAUUACGUUAUAAUGAAUAUAUACAAUUACAACAAGGAAAUGACCAACAAGGAGUAUUAAAAUCUUUUGAACAUGAUGAAUUUCUUCAACAAAAACGUGAUGAAAAUCUAAAACGUUUUAUUCCUCAUCAUAAUCAACAACAACAAACGCAAGGAAAUUUGAAUACAAUGAACAGUUAUGAUGUUUAUAAAGAAAAAUGGUUUCAUGGCAAGAUUAGUCGUGAUGAAGCUGAACUUUUAUUACAUCAUAGUGGUGAUUUUCUUGUACGUGAAAGUGCAAAAAUUCCUGGUCAAUUUAUUCUAUCAGGUCGUUAUAAAGAUCAAUAUAAACAUUUACUUCUUGUUGAUCCAGAAGGAAUAAUUCGUACAAAAGAUUAUGAAUUUGAUUCUAUUCAACAUCUUAUAUCAUAUCAUAAAUCAGGAAAUAUUCCUAUUGUAUCUGCUGAUAGUGAACUUCUUUUACAAACACCUGUUCUACGUUCUAAAUGA